AUGCGAUGGCCCUGGUCAGGCAACGAUGAUGACGACGAAAAGAAGAACGGCCUUCCUUCAUGGACCGCACCAACAACGUCGACCAGUUUUGCAGGGUCAUGGACUGAACCGCGGACCCUGAUUCCGUCUCUCGCGCUAACAGCAUCAAUGGUUGCUGCGCUCCGUUUCUACAAGGCCUACCUACGAAGAAUACCAACAGUGAACCACAUCAAACCAGAUUACUUCCGUCGCAGAAGUCUAUUUGGCCAAGUCACGAGCGUAGGGGACGCAGAUAAUUUCAGAUUUUACCACACGCCUGGCGGGAGAAUAGCAGGAUGGGAAUGGCUACCUUGGAAGAGGGUGCCGACUACGAAAGAGGCUUUGGCUCAGCAGACACUUCAUAUACGCAUCGCUGGAGUGGACGCGCCUGAACUUGCGCACUGGGGCCGAGAGGCUCAGCCUUUUGCAAAGGAAGCCCAAGACUGGCUCAUUGGCCUUAUCCACCAUCGCCGAGUACGCGCAUACAUAUAUAGACGUGAUCAGUACGACCGUGUGGUAGCCCAAGUUUAUGUGCGCCGAUGGUUCUUUAAGAAAGACGUGGGGUUGGAGAUGUUAAAGGCGGGAUUGGCGACGGUAUAUGAAGCCAAGUCAGGUGCAGAGUUUGGAACUGCUGAAGACCAGUACCGCGCAGCAGAGAAGAAGGCUCGAGAGGAUCAGAUUGGAAUGUGGGCCAAGCCGAGUCUGAGGCAGCGAUUGGGCGGUGUACAGAAGAAAGCAUUAGAGAGCCCGCGGGAGUACAAGGCGCGACAUGCGGCAGCAGACAAAGCAAAAAAAGCAGGGUGA